AGGUUUGUAAGGAAAUAAAAUGUUCGGAUGGAUUAAAAUUAGAAAAUGAGACGUGUGUUCCUGUAGAUGAAGAUCAUGAGACGAUUGUUUAUCUUGUAAUGGAAGUGAAUAAUAACACUGAAUCGACGAAUUUACAAGAACUGGUGGUUAACGUUGAAAAUGAUUUACGACAACUUAUGAUAACGAGAUACAUUGCGUUCAUUGGAAUUGCAGACGAACCCAAUUCUACCGGUAACAUAUAUUUGAACGUUUUUUGUCACUCCCAUUUGAAAACUGCAUUCAAAAUGUUCUCGUAUAUAAAAAGUAAUUGGAAGUUUGGUAAACAAGUAAGAUCAACUGUUCUCAACCAAUACCAAAACUGGGAAAACCUUUAUCGCGUCAUAUCUAAUGAUGUAACUGCAGAUUGUUGCGAGCACAACCUUACACAAAAGAUGGAUAUGUCAACGGAUUCAAUUAUUGAGUUAACUGAACAAUAUAUUUGUCCUCAUAUACGUCAUUAUCAAGACGAAUUCGAACCUGGGGGCAACGAUACAAAAGUUUUAUUAAACACUAGUCUAAUUAUCAAAGAUGGGGAUUAUGACAUUGAUGCCAAUAAUUUCACAAGAAUCUGUCUGCAUACACUUAAAGAGAAAUUUAACAUGGAAGUCCUGCAGACCAUGACUCUUGCUAGUCCAAGUUAUUUUCAAAGAAUUUUGGUCAUUGUACGGAUUACAUUUAUGACAUUUUCUUUAGUCUCUCUCUUGCUAACCUUUAUAACAUAUUGCACAUUCCCGGUUCUCAGAAGUUUACCCGCAAAAAACAACAUGGCGCUGGUUGUAUCUCUGUUUCUGGCACAACUCUUACAGUUGAGUGGAUCCCUUCUAACGAAAAACAAUACUACAGCGUGUGUAGUUAUUGGAGUGGCUAUCCACUAUAUCUGGUUGUGUGUUGUAUUUUGGAUGAACAUUUGCUCCUAUCAUAUGUUUACUGUUUUUCGCUCAUCGAGCCUUCUUUCGACAAAUACAAAUGCGCAUAACCGAAGAAUGAUAAAACAUGCUCUUUAUGCAAAUGGAGUUCCGGUAAUGAUCGUUGUCGUCGUAAUGGUAACGUCCAAGGCCACAUCCGGUACUCUUGGUUAUGGUGGCGAUAUAUGUUAUUUAUCAACACCAUUUUUAGUGGGAUUAGCCAUGGUCUUACCACUAUCAUUGAUUAUUGUUUGUAAUCUGGCUCUUCUGUCAUUUACAAUUUGGUCAAUCUCCAAAGCUUCAAAAAUCGCCAGGCAAACAGGCAAAGAUCGCCACCACGUGAUUGUAUACAUUAAGUUAUCUACCCUUACAGGGUUGACUUGGACACUGGAUAUUCUGUCACACGUUAUUUUUCAACAAACUUUGCAAGUUUUAUCCACCAUAUUGAAUUAUGGUCAAGGCAUUUUUAUAUUUCUGUCUUAUAUGGCUAACCGACGUGUACUUAACCUGUGGCUUGGUCUAAGCGGAAGAAAAUUGCCAGAAACGUCACAAACUUCAAGUACCAGUAAUACAAAAACUACACACAUUUAAUUUGAGCAGUAUCUCUGGUAGAAGGCGGUAUUGACCGAACGUAUGUGAGUGUGACGUCAAUGGCUGUUGUUCUGACACCGAAGUCAGUGACUUCUUUUGGCUGACCCUCUUCCUAAAUUUUAUGCUAAGUUUUAAGUAUUGUUGUCUCGUUAUUUAUUGUUUUCUAUUAUUUUGAAUAUGUCUUAUCAUGCAUUUCCUGGCAAUAUGUCACGUGUCGGUACAGGUUAAAGAAGUACAAUGCUGUGUAUCAGGGUUGCUGGACCAUGACGUAGAACUAUUCCCCAAAACGCUCAAUGCAAGCUUUUUGUAAAAUAUAAAUAUGUAAUUUCUUUUGUUUGG